UUUCCAAUCCGCCGUCCACUCCUCGUGCGCCCUUGUGCACAUGCUCUGGACACUUUGCGCCACAGUGACCUCACCUGCAUUUUAGUCUUUCUUUCCUUUUCUUUUCUUUUUUUCUUUUUGCUUCUUUCCGGACAUGGAGUUCCCCACUCUUCUUCCCGACGCUCUCGCAGAUUUUAACGAGCGCUUCUCGGUCUCACUAACUCCCUUCAACGUGACGCUCUCCGAGGAUCUGCUGCGUGCGCCUCCGAGCGGCAACGAGACGAGCAGGGCUGCGAGCAGGGACACCACGAGUCUCAUCAUCGCCGUCUGCAUCACGGCUCUGUACUCUCUUAUCUGUGUGGUGGGGCUGCUGGGGAACGUGCUGGUGAUGUACGGGGUGGUCAGGUACACCAAGAUGAAGACCGCCACCAACAUCUACAUCUUCAACCUGGCCCUCGCCGACGCCCUCGCCACCAGCACCCUCCCCUUCCAGAGCGCCAAGUACCUGAUGCGCACGUGGCCCUUCGGAGAGCUGCUGUGCAAAGUGGUCAUCGCCAUCGACUACUACAACAUGUUCACCAGCAUCUUCACACUCACGAUGAUGAGCGUGGACCGCUACAUCGCUGUCUGCCAUCCGGUGAGGGCCCUAGAUUUCCGCACGCCCGCCAAAGCCAAGAUCAUCAACGUCUGCAUCUGGAUCCUGUCCUCUGCUGUCGGAGUCCCUGUGAUGGUCAUAGCUAUGACCAAGGUGACAGAUAAAGGAAACACCGCCUGCACACUCAGAUUCCCCAAACCCGAGUGGUACUGGGACACGGUGAUGAAAAUCUGCGUCUUCAUCAUUGCCUUCGUGGUCCCCGUCCUCGUCAUCACCAUCUGCUACGGUCUGAUGAUCCUGCGCCUCAAGAGCGUUCGUCUGCUCUCCGGCUCCAAAGAGAAGGACAGGAACCUGCGACGGAUCACCCGCAUGGUCCUGGUGGUCGUGGCGGCCUUCAUCAUCUGCUGGACUCCCAUCCACAUCUUCAUCAUUGUGAAAACCAUGGUGGAUAUCGACCACAAGAACCUCAUGGUGAUGGCCUGCUGGCAUCUGUGCAUCGCGCUGGGCUACACCAACAGCAGCCUCAACCCGGUGCUGUACGCCUUCUUGGAUGAGAACUUCAAAAGGUGCUUCAGGGAUUUCUGUCUGCCGUACCGCUCCCGUCUGGAGCAGAGCAGCUUCUCCCGAGCGCGCAACAGCACGCGGGAGCCCGUGUCCGUGUGCGCUCCUGCACGGACCGAAGGACCGCCGGCAUGACUAGGCAUGGAGCAGUGGAGGGGACGAACUCUUCAGAACGACCUACAGACUGAGGUCACACAGGUCUCCACCACAGGAGUCUGAGUCUGUAGAUGCAGGCUUUUAACUACUGUUUAUGUAAAUGAUCGGUUGUGUUUUCACUUUCAUAUGACGGGACUUCUUUGCCCAGCAGGUUUGUGAAACACAAUACAUCCAGGAUUGAUCACGAGCAUGCCCGUGUGUGUCUGUGUGGAAGGAAAUGGAUACACAUGCUGUAUGUGUACAUAUCUAGUUUAUAAUGAAACAAUACGGACAAACACACACAGUUCCCCCAGAAGGUGUUGUGAUAGUGAUAUGAAAUCAGUAGAAAACAGGAGCUCAAAGUGUUUUGCCUCGAGGCUUUAAGCAGGUUUUAUGUGUUCACAUCCACAGUGGGUGGUCUCACAGUGAUCAGAUUGUCAGGCAGGACAUUGAUCCUAAACACACGGACAAGGCCUCUGAGGAGCAGUGGCUGACACUUGAUUGGCCGAGUGAGUUGCCUGACCUCAGUUGGACAGAUCACAAGAAGACCAGGUUGACCCUGAAACUCCUCUGCAGCAGGAGGAACUGACAACGGCUGCAGCAGAGCAGCAACGGGAAUCAACGUCAGCAGGGCAUUUAUGUGCAGCUAAAUAUGAUGAAACAUGAGGACUUUGAUUAGAUUAAUGCUCACUUAUAAAAUGUCUUUAUUAUUCGAGAGACCAUUUAUGAAGGGCUACAAUUCCUAUACUGUUGAUGUGACACCUUCAAAUUACACCGAAGACCCCAAAGCAGAGAAAAUAGCUGUCAACACAACACUGACAUAUUAUCACCUUUUAAAGAUAUUUAGGGGCACAACUGGAAUAUCGUAUCCAUAAUUCCGCAUUCGUUAGUGUGCAAACACGUGAAACUAAGAAUUGUUGUGUUUUGUGACCUUAUGAGCCUUUCAUAUCUAAAGAGGUGCCUCUUUUUUUCACUUUGUUUUUAGGAGCAGUCUUAGUGAGGUCGCUGAAGUGAGGGGUGUUCAGUUGGUAGCUGCUGGAAGCCUUUUUAUACAUCCAGUAGCUAAAUUACAUUUGGAUUCAGGUUGAAGCUGCAGUAAGUGUGUCUUUGUUUUAGCUCACUGCCUGUUUAAUCCUCUCCCUCCUCUCUGCGUCACCACAUGAACAGUUGUGAUCGCUGGACAUAGCGGCAAAAAGCAGAAUUCUGCUCUGUAUGUGUCACAAGCAGACAGGAACGCCUCCUUACAGAGUUCUCUGUCCUGAUUGGAUAAAGUGGGCAGGGAUGCCAGAAAAAUGUCUUUUGUCUUUUACUGCAUGAGCCAGAGGAGGAGAGACAUGGGUUACUGACCAAACACUCUGGAAUAUAUAACUAUUUAACAUUUCAAUAAAAAAAAAUAUGACUUACAUCAGCUUUAUUGGCCACCUGACAAAACUAAUUUGAUAUUAACAAUUCGGUCUGUUUUGGUCUCUACCACCUCCUUAGGGAAGUAUCUGGCUUUUUAGUUGUUAGAAUCCGCCACUUUGUUUAUCCACUAGUUACUAAAUUUGUUUGUUUGCUAUUUGCUGUUGGGAAGAUAGUGUGCUGUUGGUUUCAGAGCAUUUUUGCUUUACAAAGCUGCCUGUGGUGGGUAAACAACACGAGAGCAGUGGGAGUGAACUAAAAGAGUCAAGAACCAAAACAACGAGCUGAAAGACGCUAUAACGCAGCGCUGAGGAGACCUGCAGAGUGCAGUGAUUAUUCUGUGUGGGGUUUUAACUGUGAGCAACUAUCUUUGCAGCACACUCAUCAUUUGAGCCAUUGUUAAUAUGAAAAUACGUUUUUUAACAGCUUUAAAGCUGAAUUGACUUUAACCUCAAAGUGUUUAAUUUAGUAUCUGAUGUGCUGGAGCGAACUGAAUGCGUUCGUGUCUUAAUACUCUGUGAACACAAUGUUUAUCUAGACUUCUAAUAGCACCGUCACUCAAACUCACAGUGACAGUAAUGAGUUUAGCUGACACUAAACAUUCAUGUUACUACAGGCAGGUGAAAGGCAACACACAUUCAUAAGGAAAAUACUAGAGGGUGAAAUUCUCUAUGAUCACAGCAACAUGGUUUUACACUUUUAUCGACUGUUACAUUGUGAAAAAAUGCUCUUGAAAGACAUCUUAAAGGAGGUGAUGAUAGGGCCUUCGUGACUGAGCAUAAAUUCUCAUCAGCUGACUCUCUGUUUCCACUCCUCUAGCAGUUAGGUUGCUCUGUUUGAUUUUGCGCAAUCAAAACGUUUAGCCGACAGUACAGUGAGGGGAAAGCUGUGACUGAAUGGCCUCAAACUUGGAAAGAACCAAAGGCUCUAUUGGAUUAAAUGCAUUAGUAAGCAACAAGAGGCUUCCUAUACGUAUUACAGUUAAUGGAUACAUUCCCAGUGAUGAUUGUUCGACAUUUGCAGAUGAGAUUAGGAAGGUGAGAAGCCGCUUUUAAGCACAUUUUAAGAGAAUAGUCAAACCGAUGCCUCUCAUGUUGCCACGGCUGAAAUGCAGCUUUGCUUCAAAAGGCCUCUCUAUAUGAAGUGUAAAGAUGAUAUUGUUCUGUGACAGCAUCUUAAGUGAUAAUGUGAUUUAAUUUUGUUCAAUGUGCCGUCAAGCUGUUGUGACAUUAAGCUUCACUUGUAACCAGUGAGUGCAAUCAAAUGUUGUAUUACAUAAGGUGUAUUUACACGAAGUGCUAUCAAUGUUCAGUGAAAAACUCUAAAUCUUACAAAUAUAUGUAUAUAUAUAUUGUUUUCCAUUUUCUGUCUGGACUAUCUCUAACUUCUUUUAUCGCCAUCACUGUAAGAAGAGCAUCCAUAAAUGUUUCCUGCAGCCAGUAUGUUCAGCUGAAUGAAAAUAUGUACCGUAUUGCCUUAUUCAGCAUCAUGUUUAGUUCUGGUUCUGUAGAGAAAAAGUGCUCGAUCUUUACGCGUUUUUUCAUUUUGUGUUUCAACAAAUACAGUAUAUGAAGUACCUUAUUGUAUAGGUGUAGAAACUGAUUUUUGUCUCUUGUAAGUGUUCUCAAUUUGAAAUAAUGUUGUAAAUAUCUUUCAUUUUUCUGUUCUUUGUGGUUGCUGUUACAGAUGUUAUGAACAUUUAUAUAUUCAUACUCUUUGUAAAUGCCAGUGAGGCCUCGCGGGAGACAUGUAAUUUGUUGGCACAAUCAAGAAUGGAUUAUCGAUCAGGGCGAUGUUAACAGGGUCCAGCGGCUUUUGACCGAGUCAGAGGCCGCCCGCCACAGGGACAAAUAUGACUCAUCUGAAGGGUUUUUGUAAAUGUCAGUGAAUACAUGGACGCACAAUACUGAAUAAGUCAGGGGUGAUAUUGGGGUUUCUGGUCACCAGAUUCCCAGAGGAAUCAGCACAUUUUAUAAUGUUUCAUUUCAACAAUAAGGCUGAUGAUGUUACAUAUUUUUGUUAUUGUCAACAAAUCAUCUUAAAAGACUAAAGAAAACAAUAAAACAUUUAAUUGUUUGUUGACAGUCACUAAUAACUAUUGAUAUUAAUGAUGGUUAUUAUAAAGUGUUACCCUUUAUAUUGUGCAUUUCUUUGGGGCUAUUUUCAGCAUGGAUUUGAUGCUCCAGUGAACAGCUACUGCAGUACGACAUCGGAGUGACUCACCCAGUGCAACAGCAUGGCUCAGUUAUGCGUUGUUAAUAGUUCAAUAGUAACACUGGUGUUUUAUAUUACAGAGGAAUUAUUUAUAUCUGGACUUUCCUUGAACUCACUGUUGUUCUUUCGUCUCAUCACACAAUUUGUUGGCAAUAAGACAGCUGUGGAAUAUCACAAGCUUGAUUAUUAAACUGUUUUAAAGGUGGAAUAUAUAAGAAUGUUUGUCAAAAACAAUUUCAAAAUGAUUAAAAUCAUCAACAGACUGAAGAACUCGCAGUUUUGAAGCCAUGAUGUCCUAGAAUUGGGUUGCAGGGAUAUCUACUGAAGUUAGAAUGCCAACCAGCCCCAGCCCGUCGCAGUCCGAAGCACCUGUGUUUGCAGUGUAAACACCAACACUCCCUUGAACAUUUAAAUGGGAUAACUAGCUAACGGCAACUAAAUAUAGCAGCAGUUGGCGAUUACUCUGGUAAUAUGCUGCCCCCCGUUUCAUGAAUUUCACAGGUGCCCAAAUCCCUGAGAGACCACUUUCAUCAGUUUUUGUAUACUCAUCCUGGGAGAUAAAAUUUAUUUUAAAAAACCCACUAUAGUACAUUUUUACAGAGAUUCUUCUUGAAUGUGGAUUGCGUUUCCUCAAAGGCAUGCGUGGGUCACACUGGAGCGCAAAUACUCAUGACUGGGUGAUACCUGCUGACAGUUACAUAAGACAUGCCAGUGAGGCCUGCAGAAGAUGUGUUCUUUGCUGCUUUUGUACCAUGGUCUAUGGAUUAUAUAUGUUCAACUGGUCUUUGGUUUAA